GUGACGGUGCAGCUGAUGGUCUCACUGGCCCAGCUUAUCAGUGUGCAUGAGCGAGAGCAGAUCAUGACUACUAACGUCUGGCUCACUCAGGAGUGGCAGGACUACCGUCUCAUCUGGGACCCGGAAGAGUUUGAUGGUAUGAAGAAGGUCCGUCUUCCCUCUAAACACAUAUGGCUGCCAGAUGUUGUCCUCUAUAACAAUGCUGACGGCAUGUAUGAAGUAUCCUUCUACUCCAACGCUGUAGUCUCCUACGACGGCAGUGUGUUCUGGUUACCACCUGCCAUUUACAAGAGCGCUUGCAAGAUCGAGGUGAAGCACUUUCCAUUCGACCAACAGAACUGCACGCUGAGCUUCCGCUCGUGGACUUAUGACCGCACAGAAGUGGACCUGGUGCUGCGUGCUGAUGUGGCCAGCAUGGAUGACUUUACACCAAGUGGUGAAUGGGACAUCAUUGCUCUGCCAGGGCGCCGCAACGAGAACCCAUCAGACCCAGCCUACGUGGCCAUCACAUAUGACUUUAUAAUUCGCCGUAAGCCACUUUUCUACACCAUCAACCUCAUAAUCCCAUGUGUUCUGAUCACAUCACUGGCCAUCCUCGUAUUUUACUUGCCAUCGGACUGUGGCGAGAAGAUGACUCUGUGCAUCUCUGUGCUGUUGGCACUCACCGUCUUCCUGCUGCUCAUUUCCAAAAUUGUCCCACCCACAUCUCUGGAUGUGCCACUCGUCGGAAAGUACCUGAUGUUCACCAUGGUUCUGGUCACCUUCUCAAUAGUCACCAGCGUAUGCGUGCUCAAUGUUCACCACCGCUCUCCAACCACCCACACCAUGCCCCCCUGGGUUAGGGUGGUCUUUCUUGAUAAGCUUCCUGCCCUGCUCUUUAUGCGCCAGCCCAGGAACAGCAGUGAGCGCCAGAAGCUUCGCCAACGGCGCCAUGCCAGUGAAAAGGAAAGUGGUGAAACAUGCACAUGCUAUGUGAAUCGUGCCUCUGUCAAGCAGUUUGCAGGAGAGCCUUCUACUCCACUCACAACUCCGCUCACUCAGGGCAUUCUGGGGCAGGCAUGUCCGGGCUUUGAAGAAGCUGUGGAUGGCGUGCGUUUCAUUGCCAACCACAUGAAGUGUGAAGAUGAUGAUCGCAGCGUGAGUGAGGACUGGAAAUACGUUGCUAUGGUGAUCGAUCGCCUGUUCCUCUGGAUCUUCAUCUUUGUGUGUGUUUUCGGUACGGUAGGAAUGUUUCUGCAGCCGCUCUUUCAGAACUCCUCAAAGACUGUCAUCAACACGCCUGGGUGACCGAUCAGGCAACCCCACAGCACAGACUCUGACCAGGACCAGGAGAGGGAUGGAGAAAGAGAUAGAGAUGAGAGGGAGGAGAGAGGGAGAAAAACUGGUUCAUGUCUGACUCUGAACACUGAGGUUCAUACACUGAUUUUCAAGGACUGUCUAAGCACUAAUAAUAGCAACAGAAUUAACCUACAAUGUGGUUGUACCACUUCUUGGCAAAUCCCCUCUCUCCUCCCAAUAAGCAACUGACUGUACUGAGGAAAGACCGGAAAAACACGCCGCUCAGCCAGCCAAUCAAAGUCUUUCUCUGCACGCAGACUGCAAGAAUGAGCCAUCUUCACCAAUGAGCUCCACCAUCAUACAGCUUUCUUAACAUACUAACAAC